AUGCACGUCAGCCCGCAGAAGCUGACGAACGAGGAGCGUGCGCAGGUGUUGCGCGAGCUUCCUCUCCGAAAGUUCAGCCAGAAGCUGGCCGAUGUGAUCGCAGGCCUGAAUAUCCCACGCUGCAAAGACUUCCAUCAGCGCGGUGGAUGUAAGCGACCUCCUGGAAGGUGCCACUUUUGGCACUUGACGGAUGCAAACGUUGCUCGCUGGGCUGGCUUUAACUUCUGGUGCGAGAUAUGCUCGAAGGCUUUCACCUCAAAGGAACAGAUGCUAGAGCACGAGCAGUCAAAGCCUCACUGCGAGCGAGCCGGCAUUACCUUCUCGGGAAGGCUUGAGCAGAAAAAUGCAGGCAGGCAGCCCCUCGAGCUCGCGGAGGUCGUGGAGACCGUGGCGGUCGUGGAGACCGUGGCGGUCGUGGAGGUCGCGGCCGUGGCUACAGUGGGACGCUGGAGUCUGACCGGCCUGCAGCCAGGGGACGAGGUGAGAAUGAUACCAUACAUCGGAAUGGUCAACUUUGCAGUGCAGUACUGCUAUCCUGGCUACGAGACGGCGCGCCUGCUGUUACAGGACAAGCCGUCGAGCCACCAACUGACACAGUGGACCUUCUACUGGAUGAUUUGUGCCAGCUUCCUGCAGCUUGAGAGCACGCUUCUAGCCCUCGUCGUGGAGUACGUGCCGCUGUACCUUGAGUUCAAGACCUUGUGCCUUCUGUGGCUGGUGCAUCCCAGCUACAAGGGUGCGCUAUGGUUGUGGCACAGCAAGCUGAAGGAUGUGCACCACUCGAUCGACAAGCAGCUCAGCGCAUCGGUGGUAGAUGCCUUGGGAGUGUUGAAGGUGGUGGGGGCAAGCACUUCGGCUGAGGAGCCCCGCGAGACCCAGCAGCCCAUGCCAAAUGGUGCUGGCAAGACGGAUUGA